CCUCCUCCCGCCCAUACCUCAGAGCCCCCACUGUUUGUUGCGCCUGGGGUAGACCCUGCCCUCCAUUUUUUGGCCCCAAAGGAGGCGGAUGUGAAUUUAGAAAUGCCGGCCAGCCGCUGCCAUAUCUGUUCCCAUCCCCCCCUCGCCCUGAGACUUUCAGCCGCCAGCGGGAACCAGGAGAGGUUUCUGCCCAAUGGCGCAGAGAUUCGCAGUCCUGCGCCAAAUGCCCAGUCCUGCCAUGAUUAAAACACCGCCCACGAGAAUGGCAUCUCCAGGAUUGGGCUGAAGUACCUGUUUUAAAGCCGCGGUCGAAAGGUGUGAACCUCAGCACCAGGCACAGAGGAAUCAUCAUCAUGACAGAUGGCUACCUGUGGUUUGAAGGGUUACCUUUCCCUUCUAUUGAUUACAGCUAUGAAGGCCUAAAAGAAGCAUGUACUAAAUUUGUGAUAAAGGACGAAGAUACAGUAAUGGUGUCAUACCCUAAGUCAGGAACCCACUGGUUGAUUGAAAUUCUCUGCCUGAUCCACUCCAAAGGCGAUACCACAUGGAUUCGAUCUGUGUCCAUCUGGGAUCGUGCACCCUGGUUAGAGAUAGAUACAGGAUACAAAUUGUUAAAGGAGAGAGAGGGCCCACGGUUCCUGACCUCUCACCUCCCCUUCCAUCUCUUCCCUAAGUCUUUUUUCACUUCCAAGGCCAAGGUGAUAUAUAUCAUGAGAAAUCCCAAAGAUGUCCUCGUGUCAGGUUACUAUUAUUGGACUACAACAAAAUUUUCUAAGAAACCAGAGUCACUGGAACAAUAUUUUCAGUGGUUCCUCCAAGGCUACGUGCCCUAUGGAUCAUGGUUUGAGCACAUUCGUGGCUGGAUGUCCAUGAGAGACAGGGAGAACGUCCUGCUGCUGAGUUAUGAAGAGCUGCAGAAGGACCCAAGAAGCACCAUAGAGGAGAUCUGUCAAUUCCUGGGAAAGAAGUUAAAUCCAGAAGAACUGGACUCAGUCCUCAAGAAUAGCUCCUUCCAUGUCAUGAAAGAAAACAAGAUGUCCAAUUUAGAAACGUUGCCUGAAACUUAUGUUGAUAAGGAUUUCAAAAUUACAAGAAAAGGCAUCUGUGGGGACUGGAAGAAUCAUCUCACAGUGGCCCAAGCUGAAGCUUUGGAUAAAUUAUAUCAAGAGAAGAUGUUGGGUUUCCCCAAAGAGCUGUUCCCAUGGGAGUAGUGUCCAAAAAUUCUGGAUCUUUUAUAAAUACUAACAUUGUUUCCUGUCUUGGGAUAUUUACAGGAUUGGGAGGUUCUUAAUAUAAAAACCAUUCUAUGAGAAAAGGAAGGAAAAGAUAGGAUAACAUAAAGAACCAGUGAAAUAUAAAAUAAUAGAUGCGUAAAAGGAAGUCUAGUCGGUCAGAGGAAGGAGAAUGGGUAAGGGGAUGCCCAGGAGAGAAAGAGGGAUCGUGACAUAAAAUUGAUUGCAUGGAUGAGUUUUUACGGAAGAACUCAACACUAUGUAUAACAAUACAGCUGUGUCAAAAAAAAAAAACAAAAAAACCAAUUUGCCAUUCUGCUUACUUGAAUUAUAUGUUUUUCUUCUCUAAUCACUUAACCUAUUGAAAACUACUAGCAUUUCCCUAGUUACUUCACCACAUCCUAGCUUUUGAAUAAUCUUACUAAUAUUUCAAACACAUAGAGGCCUACAAAAAUAAAAUGGAUAUCCCACCAUUGUGUCUAAUUUUUUAAAACAAGAAAUAAAAUUUAGAACCAGUUGAGGUUCUUUUCUAUUA